AUGGCUUCCACUUUCUUCACUGCAAAUUCAUUAGACCUAAAACAUCAUCACAAUCAAAUCCCCUUCACCUUCACCUUCACCUUCAACUCGCCAAAACGAACAAAGAAAUCGCCAUUUUUCUACUGCAAUUCCUCCAAAUCACCACCUAAACCAUCGAUUCCAGACCUAUCAGAAGACACCAAGAAGCAAAACCCUUCUUUAGCCGAUCAACUCAAAACCUUAUCCACAACAACCCUCUCAGACCCCCCACAAAAAACCACCCAAUUGUUGACAAAACCUAAAUCGAUUUGGGUCAACCCGACGAAGCCUAGACCUUCUGUUCUUAACCUUCAAAGACAGAAAAAAACCUCUUAUUCGUAUAACCCCCAAAUUAGAGACCUUAAACUGUUUUCUAAGAAGCUUAAUGACUGUGAAAACUCUGAAGAAGCUUUCCUGAAAGUUCUUGAAGACAUCCCACAUCCACCCACUAGAGAAAACGCACUUUUGGUACUCAAUAGCUUGAAACCAUGGGAAAAGGCUAUCUUUUUCUUCAAUUGGCUCAAAACCCAAGAGUCAUUCCCUAUGGAAACCAUAUUCUACAAUGUUACCAUGAAAUCUUUGCGAUUCGGAAGGCAAUUUCAGCUCAUUGAAGAUCUUGCUAACGAAAUGAUCAGUAACGGAGUUGCAUUAGACAACAUAACGUAUUCAACCAUCAUUACAUGUGCAAAAAGAUCAAAUCUUUUCGAUAAAGCAGUCGAAUGGUUUGAAAGAAUGUACAAAACAGGACUAAUGCCCGAUGAAGUUACUUACUCAGCUGUUCUUGACGUCUAUGCCAAGUUAGGUAAAGUUGAAGAAGUCAUGAGUUUAUACGAAAGAGGAAGAGCAAGCGGGUGGACCCCAGAUGCAAUCGCGUUUGCAGUUUUAGCAAAAAUGUUUGGUGAAGCAGGUGAUUACGAUGGUAUACGAUACGUUCUUCAAGAAAUGAAAUCUCUAGAUGUAAAACCAAACUUAGUUGUCUUCAACACAUUAUUAGAAGCAAUGGGGAAGGCGGGAAAACCGGGAUUAGCCCGGAGUUUAUUCGAAGAAAUGGUGGCUGCCGGAGUUUCACCGGAUGCAAAAACCCUAACUUCAUUGGUCAAGAUUUAUGGGAAAGCAAGGUGGGCCCGGGAUGCAUUAGAUCUAUGGCAAAGAAUGAAAUCAAACGGGUGGCCAAUGGAUUUCAUUCUUUACAACACCUUAUUAAGUAUGUGUGCGGAUCUUGGAUUACAAGAAGAAGCCGAAAAUUUGUUCGAUGACAUGAAACAAUCGGUAAAUUGUAAACCGGAUAGUUGGAGUUACACCGCGAUGCUUAACAUAUACGGAAGUGGUGGAAACGUUGAAAAAGCGAUGAAUUUAUUCGAAGAAAUGUCGCGAGAAAAUGUCGCGAUUAAUGUCAUGGGGUGUACGUGUUUGAUUCAGUGUUUGGGUCGGGCGAAAAAGAUAGACGAAUUGGUAACGGUUUUCGAUACAUCGGUCGCGCGUGGGGUCCGACCCGAUGAUCGGUUAUCCGGAUGUUUGCUUUCGGUUGUGUCGUAUUGUGAAUCGGGUGAAGAUUUGGAUAAAGUUAUCGCUUGUUUACAAAAAUCCAACCCGCGAUUGGUUUCUUUUGUGAAUUCAUUAGAAUCGGAAGUCGGGAUCGAAACUUUAAAGAACGAAUUCAAAACAAUCUUAAAUGAAACCGAAGUUGAGGCGCGAAGACCGUUUUGCAAUUGUUUGAUUGACAUUUGUAGAAAAAGGAACUUAAUUGGGCGGGCCCACGAGCUACUUUACAUGGGGACAAUGUACGGGUUGUACCCGGGGUUACACACGAAGACACCCGAGGAAUGGCGGUUGAAUGUUCGGUCACUAUCGGUGGGUGCGGCUCACACCGCGUUUGAGGAAUGGGUGCGGACUUUGAGUGAAAUGGUUAACCGUUAUGAGCCGUUGCCCGAGUUGUUGUCGGCUAGUACGGGUGCGGGGACUCAUAAGUAUUCACAAGGGCUUGGGAACGCGUUUGAGUCACAUGUGGCGAAGCUUUCGGCUCCUUUUAGGGCGAGUGAUGAAAAACCGGGUGUUUUUUUCGCGAGUCGGGAGGAUAUUGUGUCAUGGGUGCAAUCGAAGGUGGUUUAG